AUGUCUGAUCCAGUUCUACGUGCAGGUUUCGUCGGUACAGGUAUCUUUGCCACUGAUAAACAUUUACCAACUUUACAAUCAAUCCCAUCACACUUCAAACCAAUUGCUGCUUUCAAUAGAACCAAAGCUAAAGCUGAAACAUUUGCAACAAAGGCUAAUAUUGAGCCAUCUCAUGUUCAUGAUUCAAUUGAUUCAAUCUUGAAAGAUCCAGAAGUUGAUUUCAUUGAUGCAUUAUUACCUGUUGAAAAUAAUUACUCCACCAUUAAAGCUGCAGUUGAUGCAGGUAAGCCAAUCAUUGUUGAAAAACCAAUCGCUGCUGAUUUAGAUGAUGCUGCUAAAAUUGUCGCUUUAGAUAAAUCUACUGAUAUUCCUAUCUUGAUUGCUGAAAAUUGGAUCUAUUUCAAAGCUGUUGAUUUGAUUAAGGAAAGAUUAGAUAAAAUUGGUCCAAUUGUUUCCUUCACUUAUAGAUCAACUGGUCCUUUUUAUCAAAAAAAUAAAUAUCUAAGUACUUCAUGGAGACAACAUCCAAAACACAUUGGUGGAUUUUUGUCUGAUGGUGGUGUUCAUCAAUUGGCCUUAUUAACACAAGUUUUGGGUAAUUUUGAAAAUAUUAGUGCACAUACUACUCAAGUUCGUAAAGAAUCUGGCACUGAUGAUGUUUUAUUCUCAACUGUCAAAUUACAAUCAGGUGUUAUUGGUACUUUCACUUAUGGUUCAGCUUUUGGUGCUGUGGAAAAACAUGGUUCUUUUAUAAUUUACGGUGCUAAUGGUUCAAUCACUUUAGAUUUCAGUGCAAAGAAUGCUCACAAGAAAUUGACAACUUUAGUUGGUCAUUAUGGUGAAACUAUUGAUGAUCAAGAAGUAUUAGAAUUUGAUGAAGAUUCAACUGGUGGUGUUGGUCCUGAAUUUGAAAACUUGUAUGAAGCUAUUACUAAAAAAGAUAAAUCGUUAAUUAGAUCAACUCCUGAAGUUACUUAUCAUCAUUUGGCAAUCAUUGCUGCUGCUUUGGAAAGUUCUAAAAAGAAUGGUGACUCAGUUACGAUUUCAAAACCAUAG